AGGAGCUUCUGGGUAAAUAUCAAUUAAUGCUUCAAUUUCAAAAUUUGUUAUUUACUUUCUCUUUAUAAUGUUCUUUUUUCUAGUAAACCUUUGUUAAUAUUUUUUAGUGUGGUCUCACAAGCCCACCAGCACGCCUCCCCUUCGCUUGUUCAAAGUCCAUAACCACCACCUCGUCAUCCACGGUGGCGCCACUAAUCAACAACAAAGCACCACUAUCAAUCACACCACCUCCUUGAAACAGAACAUUUUUAGUUUUUAAACUAUUUUUUACAUUUUUUUAGUUUUACUGGAGUUAAUGCAUUAAAUUUGUCUAUAUUGCAAUUCUCUGGAAGGUUUUUCAGUAUACAGUACUUUCAGUAUUAACAGCCGAACUCUGGAAAUCUCUCUGUUGUUUGGAAUGAAGAACAAAAUUGUUGAGAAUUUUUUGGAUGUUUGAUGUUAGUCUUUUUCUGAAAAUAGAAACUGAGGGUACCAUCUCUCCUGCGACACAGUGAUGAGUAGUUUAUUCAAGGGUUCGCCAUAUAAACGACGGCAUGACUUGGAGGCCGGGACCAGUCGCUCGCCGUAUUCCGAUGCCCAGGACGAUGGGAGGUCAUCGAGUCCGUUCUGCAUCGCCAGGACUAAGAAUGCUUCCAUUGAACGCCUCCGCCGCUGGAGACAAGCAGCGUUGGUGCUUGAUGCGUGUCGUCGGUUCAGAUACACAUUGGAUUUGAAAAAGGAAGAAGAGAAGAGAGAGCUGAUAAGUAAGAUUAGAGCUCAUGCACAGGCCGUAGGGGCCGCAUAUCUGUUCACACAAGCUGGAAAUCAAGCAAAUGGUACUUACAGUUCCUAAUUCAUAAUAAUUAGCAUGGAUUGUUUAAUAGAACAGUGUUUGUUUAAUUUGUUUUCGUUUCUUUGUUUUUUUGAGGUUAAUGGGUUAUCUGGUAUGCUAAAGACAAAUUUAGAUAAAGGGGUUAAUGGAGACGAUGCUGAUUUGCUAAGUCAGAGGAAUUUAUUUGGCUCAAAUACUUAUCCUUAGAAAAAAGAGGUUUGUUUGCCAAGACCUUACUCUGGUUAUUUUGAUGGUAGCUGCAAUGGCUUCCUUGGCCCUGGGUAUAAAGACAGAGAUUAGCUUUGGCGGGACACAAUUACCUGCAUGCUCUUUUACAAGUUAUUUGUUCCAGAUGGACAUUGUUCAUGUAUUUAUCUAUUUAUUUAUCUAUUUUUGGAUUUCAAACAAUGCUUGUCUUGUCUUACAUAACUCAAUAUAUGAGGUAGUCAGAA